AUGGAUCAAGUAACAAAAAAUAAAAAUUCAAUAAAAAAGAAAUAUAACAAUAAAAAACUGUUUUAUAAAACUAUGUUUUAUUUAUUUCUUAUGAUUAUUGGAUCUUUAAUAACUGUUACUGUUAUUUUUUGGAGCUCUUCAGAGGUUACCAGUUAUUCAGUAGAAGAUGAUUUUUUAAUCAAACUAAAUAAUUUAAACAUCAAAAAACCUUCAGAUUAUCAUGAUUUAAAACAAACUUAUGAUUUUUUAAAUGUAACCUCUAAUGAUAAUGAUUUGAAUUCUAAUUUAGAAACAAAGAAAUUUUUAAAUGGACUAAAUGGAUUUUUUAAGUUAAUAAACAUGAAAAUAGGUAAUUUGAUCAGUUCAAAAUUACGUAAUUUUAAUGAAAAUCAAUUAAAAACACAACUUAUUAAAAUUUACAAUGCUGUUUAUGGAUACUUAAUAAAAACAGAAGGUAAAGAAAAAGCAAGAAAAAUGAUUGUACCAAUUGGCAAUGUAUUAAGAUUUUAUUUUGCCGGUGACAAGUUAUCUAAUGAAAAAAAUAAGAGCUAUACAUUACAUGAAAUUUUCAAAUCUAAAAAUGAAAACUUUUUAGAUAAUUUUUAUUGGUUUAUUCCAAAAAUGAUUCUGAAUUCAGAAUGUUUAAAAGUUUCUACAGACCAAUUUGAAGAUGUAUAUUCUCUAAAAAUAAGUCCUGAUAGUAAUUUUUUUAUGCCUUUUAUUUUUUUUAGACUUUUAAGAGAUGAAAUGAAAAUUUUAAAAAAUUUGUAUGUGUUAAAUCUAUAUUUAAGUAUUUCUAAAGUUUUAAAUCUUUUGUUUGUAAAUGAAGACUCUCAAAAUUCACUUGAAGACUAUAAAGAUCAGAGAAUACACUCAAUUUUAUGUGCGAUAUCUGCAUCAAUAAAACUUUUAGAAUUUACAAUUGAAGGUUCUGAAGAUUUUUCAUUAAUUGUAGGUUAUACAGCUUUAAUUGGAUCAUUCUAUAAAGAUGUCUAUAAAAUUAACAAUAAUCAUGGUUAUUUUAAUAUUACAACAGUUUUUAAUGCAACAGUUGUUGAUGAUUUAGCUUAA